GGAAUCCUAGAAAUUUAUUUUCAUCUGAGGACUAAAAAGAGAGUUGAAUAUAAAUUACAUUAUCUUCCAGCAAAAAAAAAAAAAAAAUCCCUUGCUUCCUCACUGUCCUUGUGGUUCAUGUUUCUGAUACCAAGAUCCUUUUCCUCCAAGGCGCUCGGUGUUCACUCUGGGUUUGUACAGCACAGGUAUCUCCAGGCACAACCUUAGAGCUGAUAGAGCCCCGAGUUGACGGGCGCCGUUGGUAUGAAAGGACUCUUAACCAUUCUGACCUUCGUUGAGAGGUUGUUCUGGUAUGCAGGCAAUAAGCAAGUAAGCUGACAUCAUAGGGCAAACCCCGUAUUCACCCUGCGGCACUUUUUGAUUGCUUAUAAACUUAAACAAGACUGUAUUUGUAUAAUCAAAACCAGGAACUUGAGGCCAGAUGGUCCCCACAGGCUCCUCAGGUGUUUGCAGACAGAUCCUGAGCAUCACUGCCAAGUAAAACUUCUCAUUUCCCUCUUCAGGGCAGCACAGGACGGAGGAAUUCCGGAAGGUGAACGUCCUGAUGAAGGUGCCCGCGCUAAGGGAUGGUUCUUUCACUUUAGCAGAGAGCAUUGCAAUCCUCCUGUACCUGGCCCGAAAAUUCAAGACUCCUGAUCACUGGUACCCAUCUGACCUGCAGAAAAGGGCUAGGGUUGAUGAGUACCUGUCGUGGCAGCACGUCAACAUUCGUGGGAAGGGGAGCAAGCUGUUCUUAACUAAGGUGCUGCUGCCUCUCCUCACAGGCCAGCCACUUCCUCCAGAGAAACUGGAAGGUGUUACUGAAGAGCUGAACGUUGUCCUGAAGCAGUUUGAGGAGAAGUUCUUGCAGGACAAGCCCUUCAUCGCAGGCAGCGAGAUCUCCCUGGCAGACCUUGUAGCACUGGUGGAGCUCAUGCAGCCCGUCGGUGCUGGCUAUGACCUCUUUGAGGAGAGGCCGAAGUUAGCAGAGUGGCGCAGGCGGGUGGAAGAAGCGGUGGGGAAGCAGCUCUUCCAGAAAGCCCAUGAAGGGAUCUUGAACGCCAAGAACUUGACCGCUGAUAAGAUUGCGCCCGAACUGCUGGAGCAUUUCAAGCACCAGCUCCUAAAGCAGGCCAGCCAGAAUUAGGGGGUUGUACCCUAAGUAAAAUGGAUUAUUUUGUGCAGGCUUUUUGUAGUAUUUCAGCAUUUCCUCUAAAAAUCAUACAGAAAUACCAUUCCACAAAAUGCACUUCAAUCACAGCCUUUCUUCAACUUAGAAGGGAAGAAAACUACAUCUUAAACAGACUGCAGUGAGCUGCUUUCCCCUCUUGUCCACUAGUUAUGUGAGCUGUAGCCCUAUAGGCUUUUCUUUCUUGCUCCACCACCACUGGAUCUGCUUGAGGACAGAGGUGAUUCAGUCCACGUGGGAACUGGGGCCAGUCAGAACUGCCCUUUCCGUCCCUGUUUUGAGUUUUCCAGGUCACAGCACCAUAGAAGGGGCAAAGGUUUCCUGAGGGUGUGGCAGAGCAGAUAUGUCUGAAACAAGGAAAAGAUCAUUGAAAAUGGCUUUCACUUUGCAACACGCUCAGUUGGAAGAUUUUUGCUCUUUAGUAAAGAGAUGGGUCAGGACCCAGCCCUUGGUGGGGACCCUGCCAGGACCCUUAGAGCACCUGGCCACUAGAGGCUGCUGCAUCACCUGUGGGAGCAAAGGGACACAGCACCUAGGAGCAGAGGGGCUGUGCAGGUACCCAAGUGAGGCCUCCAGCUUCUGGGAAGGAUGGGGUUAGUCCCAUGAAUAAAGAUCCUCAACCGUAGACUCAUGCCAUGCUCUACAAAGAACAGCCUGCACAGCUGAGAAAAGCUGCUUUUCUAGGUGAAGCUGCUGCCAACCACACGGUCUCCCUCUGCAAACCGUAUCGGUGCUCUUGUCCUUUCCCCAGAGCAGCUUUGUCAGCUCGACGGAAGCCAUUCAAGCCAGGCUCUCUCCACUGAGGAGUGCUGCCGUGGCUGGGCCAGCAUUGGUGGCAGAGGGAGCUGUGCUGGCCAGCCCCGGGGUGAGCGGAGUGCACAGUAUGUGAGCUGAGUAACGCCUCAAAUACAGUUAAUGUUCCACUACUCUUCUGUCACAUCAGAUUCUCCAGUAAAGUUAAUGGUUACACUUG